GGCCUCUUCAGUCAGCUCGUGCACCUUCAUGAGAAACUCACACUAACUUACAGCAGACAACCAAAGACAAGUUUCCUCCAAAGUAAAACAUGAACGUACACAUCUUAUGAGUGUAGAGCAGAUUUUUUUACCAAGACUGGAUUUUACCCAAGGAGGUGAUGCUCUAUGAAAAUGAGAAGAAAACGAUGAAAGCUCCAUCCUUUUCCACUGAUGGACCUUCAGACCGGCACAUGUUGGCCCCUGCUGUCAGAGUGAAGGUGUUUCCACUGUGGUUCCAGAUACUCCUGCUUAUCUUCCUAUUUGCAGGUCACGCUUCAUGUAAUGUGACUUCUGCUGCUCCCUCCUCUUUUUCACGUACUACUUUAUCAACCGUCAGCCUCCAGGUUACUUCACCCACACCUACAUACGCCACUACCACCACCACCACUGCCACUGCCACUACCCCCAGAGCCACAGCCCACCCUCGGGCCACAACAACUGACCAGAGUGGAGUAUACUACUUUCUUGACGUCACUGUCUAUGUAACUGGACAGAAAAAGGAUGAGCAACAAAUUAUUGACAGGCUUCGACAAGUCUUCCAAAAUGAGCUGGGCAGCUGUGUGUCUCAGAACAAUGCAACAACUGCAACACGCACCACUCCACAAACGACAAUAAAUGAGACAUCAAACAUGACAACAGUGAUGCUACACACCUACAACACAACUUCAGUUACUGCUACAACAUUACAAAGCUAUAACACUAGCACAGCCUUCACUAUGCCAGACCGCAAGAAUACAACUACAGGCACAAUAACAACACAACUUGGUUAUAACAUGAGUACAGAUUCUACAACAUUAGCAAGCAAUGAAACCUCGCAAAACAACAACACAACUACAGGAACAACAACAGACCUACAAAGCUUUAACAAAAGUAUAAACAUAAUAACAAGAUCAGAAAGCAACACAACUGUAGGUCCAACAACAAGUAGAGCUUCAACAACAAUAUUACAGAGGAACAACACAUUUACAGGCACAACAACUAACACAAUCACAGCAACUUUACCAAGCAACAACUCAACUACAAUGACAAGCACAACAUCAGCAUUACAGAAUAGCAAUCCAGUUACAGGCACAACAACAAACACAAUUACAUCAUUACAAAGCAACAGCCCAACUACAGGCAUAACCACAAACACAGUCACAUCAACAACAGCAUUACCAAGCAACAGCCCAACAACAAUAACAAGCACAAUGUCAACAUUACCAAGCAACAACCCAAAUACAGGUACAACAACAAGCACAAUCACAACGUCAACAUUACCGAACAACCCAACUACAAUGACAAGCACAAUCUCAACAACAUUACAAAGGAACCCAACAACAAGUGCAACACCCACAGCUCCUAAAACAACGUUACCAAGAAACCGCCCAACAACGCCAUUACAAAGUCGAACAACAACUACACCUCCUGGUACAACAGCAGCUCCAACACAAAGCUCCACCUCGUCGACCACUUCACCCACUGGUGGCGGCGAGACGAGACAAACAUCUGACAGUGCAGAGAACAACAGGCCAACAAGAGAGUUCGUCAUCACAUCUCGCAGACGUGCUGCUCGCGAAAUAAGAAACAAUGAGACACUAACAACAGAAAGUAAUGACAACAUAACAACAGGUCUUGUUCAAGGGUUUGAAGUUUCAUGUGCCCAAAACACUUCAAUAAGAAUCGUGGACUGUCAUGUGAUUCUGAAGCUGCGGCGAUGGAUUCCACCCUGUUGCAUCCUCAGUUCUCUCUGUGCAGCCAGUAAAACCUCCUCUGACAUCCAUGUGGUGGGAAAACGAGUGGACAGAGUGGGUCCUCUACAACCAAACAACACAAACUGCAGUAAUGUGCCACAAGAAAACAACAGCUGUAUUUAUGUUGGUCAAAGUGGCCUGUCUUGUGAAGAUUCAGAGAGUGCAUAUGAGGUUCCUGAAAACAACUCCACUCAGUGUGGUGGAGUUAAGGAGAAAAACAACUGCACCUGCUCAUCAUACUGCAGCAGAAAUGAUGCUUAUUACACUUUUCAACUGUCAACACAAAGUCCCACAAUGAAUACCUCAUACAUCUCCAAUCUACUAAAUCAGCUAUCUUCCUGUUCUCCCAGUGCUGGACCGCCGUGUCCAUUGUCCAACAUUUCAUCUUUAUACAUGGGUUUUACCAUGAGAUGUGGACACACAACAAAUUCCCUGAGCUGUAUAGUGGUUUUACACUUUUCCCAGAGGGUAUCGAUCUGUGCCGUGUCGGCGGCUCUGACGACUGUGUUUCAGUCUGAGAACAUCAUUUUUAAUGGACGAAUGACUCGGGCAGCAAUAUGUGGAAACUCAAACAGCAGUGAAAACACGCUGACAACACCGUUCACACUGGUUAACAUUAAUCUAAAGCCUGAUGAUUUCUGCCGGGUUAUACAAAAGACUUCUAACCUCUUACCCUGUCAAAAUGGAAAAAAUGUGGUUGUACAACUGGAAGAGCAGUGCGUACACAAGCCUUUUACAACACAAAGCCCAAGUGUGACAACCGUACAGCCUAAUACCACCACCAUCACCACCUCUGCAAAUGUAACCUCUUCUCCAGUGAAUACAAUAGCUGAAGUCUUCAGUUCCACCACCACUGCCACUCCGGUCACCACCACUGUUACCACUGAUGCCACUACUGCUGUGACCAGCAUUAAUGCCAACACCACCAUCACCACCACCACCACCACCACUGAUACCAUAACAUCUGCUGUGAAUGCCACCGUUACUGACAUACCUAACACGAAGAUGACAACUGUUGCCGUCACAGCGACCACUGGAGAUAAAUCUGUUCCAGUUCCCUCAUCUGAGAGCCCUUCAACAACAUUAGAAGAAAGCAGUGAGGCCCAAGCCAAUGCUCUGCUUGACAUGACCAGAGAUGUGUCCAACCUGAACUCCAGCCAAGUGUCUCAGCUGGUGUCACAGCUGGAAAUCCUUUUAUCAGGCCCCACUGUCAGCCUGGCGCUGGGAAACACCUCCAUCAACAUUGUCAGCAAUCUCCUGGGUGCUUCUCCUGAUGUUUUGGAAGACUCCUCUACCAGUAUCAUAAGGAUUGUUGAUACAGUGGGGUUGAAGGUGGUCCUUGGUCCUCAGAGGCAGAAAAGCAGUGAAGACGCAGUGACCCUCCUGGCCCCAGCCUUGGCCCUGUCCGUGAAAACAGCAGAUGGUACCAAUUUCCAGGAGACAUUCUUUGCCAUCUCAGAUCCAAAUAAUGUCGAGGUCCGUGGGGAUUCCAGACCCAGAAGGAGCGUGAGGAAAGACUCCACCCCUCAGGGCUCCAUCAAACUGCCCUCCAGUCUGACAGAAAACCUGACCACUGAGCAACAACAGCAGGUUUCCAGAGUCCAGUUUAACUACUACCAGAAAAGUACUGUAUUUCAGGACAGAACACUAAACCAAAACCGAAAACUCAACAGCGGCAUCCUGGGGGCGAGUGUAGCUAAUCUGUCCAUCACAGGACUGCAAGAUGAUAUUAUUAUUCACCUGAGAAAUACAGAACCCAUUCCUGGAAAUUUUGUGGCUACAUGUGUUUUCUGGGAUUUUACAUUAAAUGAUGGAUCAGGAGGUUGGAACCCCCAUGGCUGUUACGUCCGAAACACCACAGACAAUGAGACAGUUUGCGGUUGCAACCAUUUAACCAGUUUUGCUAUACUGCUGAAUCUUUCUAGACAGCCACUUGUCAGUCGAGUCCAGGCAACCAUUCUGACUUUUAUCACAUAUAUCGGCUGUGGAAUCUCUGCUAUCUUUCUGGCCAUCACCCUCCUCACCUACCUGUCCUUUGGGAAAUUGCGCAAAGACAUCCCAUCUAAAAUCCUGAUUCAUCUGUGUACGGCUCUGCUGCUGCUGAACCUGGUGUUCCUGGUGGAUGCGUGGCUUGCGCUGUAUCCAGAGGCAGUGGGCCUCUGCAUUUCCACUGCAUGGUUCCUUCACUAUUUCCUGCUGGUCGCCUUCACCUGGAUGGGACUGGAGGCGGUCCACAUGUACCUGGCCCUUGUCAAAGUCUUCAACAGCUACAUAUCUCGCUACAUGCUCAAGUUCUCCAUAGCUGGUUGGGGCAUCCCAAUGAUCGUGGUCAUUAUUGUCAUUGCUAUUGACAAGGACAACUACGGCCUGGUCUCUUAUGGAAAAUUUUCAGAUGGCACUUCUGAUGACUUCUGCUGGCUUAAAAAUGACAUCGCCUUCUAUGUGGCAGUGGUGGCCUACUUCUGUGUCAUUUUUCUGUUUAAUUUAGUCAUGUUUGUAGUGGUUUUGGUCCAGCUGUGUCGGAUAAAGAAGCAGAAUCCUCAUAAUGUGCAGCAUCGCACCACUCUGCAGGAUGUUCGCAGUGUUGUUGGGAUUACGAUCCUCCUAGGCCUAACGUGGGGUUUUGCCUUUUUUGCCUGGGGACCCCUUAACCUGCCCUUCAUGUAUCUCUUUGCCAUCUUUAACUCUCUGCAAGGGUUCUUUAUAUUUGUGUUCCACUGUGCUGUGAAGGAGAACGUGAGGAGACAGUGGAGAACCUACCUAUGCUGUGGCAAAAUGAGGCUGGCAGAGAACUCAGAAUGGAGUCGGACUGCAACACAGAAAACUAUGAAGAAAUCAUCAACGACCAGAGUAACAUCUCUGUCAAACUCUUCCCAGUCCCACAACUCAUCGAGCUCAUCUUCCUUCCUUGUCACUGACUCUUUAGAGCAGAUUAAUGGUAUCGGGAGCCCAUUUGAAGACAGAACAAUCACAGCUGAUGAAGAGCCGAGUAUGGACGUGAUCCUCAACGAGAUCAACAGACAACACCAACACCAACACAUACAAUAAAAACCCAAUAGAUGAUUGUGUAUUAUGUUUUACACCGUAGAACCUAUCUUAAUGUAUAUAGUAAUAAAGAGUAAUUUAUAUGUUAUUUGUAUGACUUUUCUUAGAAUGAAAUGUGAACCCUAGAUUGUAAAUGCACUUUUCCACACUUCUCUAGUUCUUAAUUAAAUUUGCACAAGUAACAGGAGCCAACGUGUCAUUUUACAACUUUGUCAACAUGAUAAGUCAUAGUAAAUGGUACUAAUUUUAAGAGCAAGCCGAGUAAACAGACUAAAUUUUGAUUUUAUUAGUGAAACUGGAGCAGUGUGUACGGCUAAAAACAAACUAUGGUAUAUCCACAUCAACACAAUUAAAAAUGAGUUUUCAAACAGUUCAGAUGAAUCCAUCCAUCUUAAAAUAAAUCCCACAACCUCCAAAACAAAAAACAAAAAAACUUGGCAUGGAGUGGAAAAGGGAAAUGAAAACAAAGCAGCAUUAUCAAAAUACUGUGUACUUCUAGACAGUCUGAACAUCACUUACAGUAUUUCAUAUUUUGUCUGGUCAGCUUCAUUUCAUUCGUAAAUAUACAUUAAGUCCUGACAUUCAGGCUGCUACAUGUUCAACUGCUGUAACAGGAACAAAGAAGGACAUAAAAUGAGUUAAAAUGAUGAAAAAACAGACUUGACCUACAGUAUUUCCUUAUCGUCAGUAGAGAAUGAUGAUUACCAUACGUACUGUGUUAUGUAAUAUUUUCAAUUAUGUCCAUUGAAGAUCAAGUUGUUCCAAACUGUGCAGUGCAAAAUUUUUUAAUGUUUUAUUUUGCAGAAUAAUUGAAUCGACUAUAUUGAAUAGUCUAUGUCAAACUCUUAUCACUCCAUCAGCUGUGGGUCAGUAUAGGUGAACUAUAAUCAUAGGUUAAAGUCUGGCACUUAUAUGUUACAUUUCUAUUCUCUACUGAACCCCCCCCCCCCAAAAAAAAAACAAAAACAUGGAGGCAAGUACACCUUUAACCCUAAUAGAACAAGUGCUCUGUUCAUCAUUUAUUAUAAUAUUAUCCUCUCCAAUUUGCAUUUUUCAGUGAAAUUCAGGUAUUUUCCUAUAUUUAAUUUACUGAUAAUGUAGUUGUUAAUAAAAAAAAAAAAGUCUAGCAUAAAUUAAACGGUUAUGGUUGUAGAACAGAGAAAACUGAAGUAAAAUAUAUCAUUAGCUGUACAUGAA